AUGAGAUCAAAGGCUCAACAUGUAUAUAACCCAACCCUAGACUUAUUUCUAAGCAAAGAAACCCAGUUUGGUGAUAAAUCUACAUCACUUCUCGACACUGCUGCCAAGAUUUGGAAGACGGCCAAUGACACUUACUCUCAGAUUGGUAAUACUGCCCAGUGUUAUGAGCUCCGUCAGAUGAUACAUGUCACAAAGCAGCAAGAAUUAUCCCUCUCUCAAUAUUAUUCUAAACUGCGUGGCAUGUGGCAACAACUGGAUUUUUAUGGGCCUUUUACCGCUAUUUGUGAUGUUGAUGCUACUGCCUUCAAGAAGUGGGAAGAAGGUCUCCGAGUAUGUGAUUUCCUUGUUUGCCUAAAUAUGGAGUAUGAUCAGAUUCGCGCUACUGUCUUGAAUCGUGAUCCCUUCACUACUCUUGAACAGGCAUAUCCUAUGGUGCAAUCAGAGGAAAGUCGUCGCACUUCUAUGGUUCAUCCAGUUACCCAGGAGCGAUCUGCCCUUCUCACCAGCUCAUAUCAGACAUCUUAUGGGGUUCCUCCUCGUACUACAAGCAACCGUUCUACUGUAGAUCGCUCACCGGUGAAGUGUGAUUUUUGUGACAAGGAACAACACACUCGAGAAAAAUGUUGGAAGCUUCAUGGGCGCCCCCAAUGA